UGGUAUAACGCAAUAAAGUGGUAACAUGCUGAGGUUAAGAUUACUCAUGAAGAAAUUUUAUGAAGUCUUCCAGUGGUAAUCAGAGCAUUUGUCAGACUAGUGUAUAUUUCCAAGUAUGGGACUCCUCUUUCAAGCCUGUGCAGUAAUCCUUAUCUUGACUGACCUCUUGGACUCGCAGCAACUUGUGCAAAGUAUGGAAGUCUCUAUCAAUGUUACAAUAGUCAAUUUUGAUAACGAGUGGAUACAGAUGACAUGGGCAGCUAUUGAAAAUUUUCCUGGCAAGAAUGUGACUUUCCUUUAUCAAUAUGACAAAGACCCUUGGAAGCAAUGCCCCAGCUAUUUACUGGACCAAGGUUACAAUGAUGGAUGUCUGUUUAAGACAGAGAAGCCAUCCCUUGCCAUCUCUGUUAAGGAUAAGAAUGGAAGUGAAGAACUUUUCCACAAAAAGCUACAAACCAAUUUUUUUAUAAAACCUAGUCCACCUGAAAAUGUAACCUUCCUUUGGAAAGACAAUAGAGUUACUGUCACCUGUAGCAAACCAAAGACAUCAAAGCGGUGCUUGAAGCUUGAAUUUCAAUACAGAAGCAAGUUUGAUACGGAGUGGCAGGUCAGCAUUUCAGAGAAUGGCUAUGGUGCCAGUGAGACAGAAUUUACUGCAUACACCCAAGACAAGAAAAGAGAUAAGGAAAAAAGGCCAAACAUUCAGAGGAGGAGAGCUACAAAAGGAAAGGAGAAAAUUAAAAAUAGGAGAGUAAAAGAAGACACACAAGAAAUAAGAUAUGCAAAGGAAGAAAUAAAGCAUCUUGAAGAUCAAGGAUUUGAUCCAGAGAAGUGCUACUCCUUCCGGGUCAGACUGGAAAGGCUAUAUCCCACCUGCAAUGUAGUUCAUUAUGCCAGUGAAUGGGGAGCUGUAACGUUUUGGAGUAAUGGUAAAAUGUUAGAAUCAUGUGCUGAUGAUAUAAAACCUUUGUCAGAUGCCAUAAUCCUCUUAAUAUUUUUGCUGAUGAUCUUUCUCAUAAUAUUCAUCCUCCUGAUUUUUCUGUGCAAAUGGCAAAGAUUUCAGAAGUCAAUUAUGCCAGUAAUACCAGAUCCAAAAUAUAUAUUUACUGACCUCUUCACUGAUCACAAUGGAAAUUUACAGGAAUGGUUUGACAAAACGGAGAAUGCAAUGGUCCAAGCAAAGAUGGAAUGUGAAGAGCAGGAGUGCAUCAUUGAGGAGGAAAGAGUGCAAGAGAAAAAGAAGGAUGUUAAAGGGGAAGCUAAACAAAGGCUUUGUGAGUUGCCAAACAUGCAUGAAAGAGAUUAUCUAAAUUUUGCUCAAAAUACCUGCCUACCACCAACGUCCAGUGAUAUGGUUUCUUUGGAGAGUUUUAAGUUUUUAAUGAAUGAAGACAUGUAUGUCAUGUUAUGAAACUGCUUGCUCGGAAGGAACAUAAAGUACAGGGGAUCUUGAUAUGUUUAAAGAGGCAAUUAAAUACCAUUACAAGUUAGGCUUGUUUAGCAGGAAAAGUUAAGCUGUCAUCUUGAUCUGAAUCUGAACUUUCCCAGUGCUUCAAAAUGAAUGAUGCAGGCUUAUUGAUAAAGCUAAGGGCAUUAUAGUCAUAUAUUUAGGCACGCUUAGUUUCUGGUUUUAGUUGGGCCCCCGUAGGCUAAAUUGAGUUCUUGCUUCAUGAUGUGGACAGGAGAAUUAAAGGAGUCUCCUUCACCCAUGGUGCAUACCUGCAGAGGUUGGACAUGCUUCUGGUCCUAACACUUAGAGAGUACAUGGAUUUCGUACAGGUUGUGCAGGUACCAGACUGGCCCAUCCAAAUGGACAGGAAGGGCAUAUCUGCACCAUCAAAGAAGCUUACUAGAGAGUGCCACAGUAAAGCAUGUCAUGUGCAUUACACCCCAAAGCAGAUAUAAUGUGGGUCCCUUGCUUUAAUGCUGGGCAUCUUGGAGAGCUUAAUGCCAUGCAUCUAUGGCAUUUACUAAGGCAGCUAUAUUACAUCUGUUUCAGCGUGUAGCAUACAGAGCAGGAAUGGAGUGCUUUAGUAUGGCUCCACAAGAGGUAAAGCUACUAAUGACUUCUCCUCACCCCCUCAUCUGCUGACCCCCUUUUAAAGGGUAUACAAGCAGCUCACAUUUCAGUCCAGGGGUGUAUCCCCGUGAGCGGGAAUGUGCGUUUCCCUGGGGACAGACAGCAGCAGCACAAGGUGUGCCACUUGUCCCCGGGGAACUCCCAUGCCACACAUGCUCUGGUAUGCAGCACGUUACCCUGGGUGGGUAGGGGAGGCUGGGGCCAGCAACUGUGCUGACCCCAGCAGCCUUACCUGGGGUCUAGGGGGCCUCCAGGAGCUGCAGUUGUAUCAGUCCUGCAACAUGGAGCCUGCCCAACAACUGGAGUGUGGCUCUGGCCAGCCAGGCUCCAGUUCUGGGCAGCAUAUGCUGCUGCCACAUGCACAUGUAUUAUGACCCCAGGAUCUCCUGGGUUCAAACCUGCUCCUCCUCCCCCAUGCUGCCAAGUAGCAGCACAGGGAGUGCCUGCAAGUGCGGCAUAUAGCACCGCAACACUGCAUACUACAUGUCCACAUUUGUCUUAACAGGCCCUAGAAAUCUGUGGCUAGGAACAGCUGUUGCAUUUGUCCCUGGAUAAGUAGUUUCUGGACUUGUAUAAAACAAAAAUAUUUCUUGAUUGACAUGUACAUACAUCACCCUUCUAAUGAGGGUUUAGAAAGCAGUGAAGCAGUGCUUUUCUGCCAUUGAUUCAAUCUCAAGAUAACUGUACAGAUGUACUUUGCAAUAUCCCAGGAUAAACUGUUACUACCUCUUAUUUGGGACCCUUUUCUUUAUUUAUCCCAGGCCAAUGGACAUGGGCUUUGUCCUGGGCUAAAAUGAUUUAUUCUAGGAUAAAUACAACAUUUGUUUGCGCCAUUGGGUUUGCUACAGGUACAAUGCUUUCAGGAGCUCCCACUGUCAAUUAAAGUAUUUGCAUUGCACCCAGAGUGCAAAAAAAACCCCAGCAUCUGUUCCAAAGAA